AUGGAAUUACAGUUGUAUGAGCAGCAUUAUCAAUGGUAUAAGAACGAAAAGGCGAGAGAUUUGCUUACUCCGAAACGAGGCAUGAAGCCUAAGGAUUGGAUCUUGAAAUGGGAGAAUCUAUUAUUGGAUAUGCAACUAACAAAUUUCAACAAGAUUCUAGAGAAAAGAAUGUCAAGGGACUUUAUUCGUUCAUCAGCUUUUAUUACAACAACACUCAUCGAAUUGGAUACUGGAUUGGAAGUAUUGCAUAGGAAGAUUGGAUUAGAUUUAGUACCAGGGAUUCGCGAUAUAAUAAAGAUUUUCAAACAAUGGGUUAAGGCACAACGCAACGUGAUGGACCCUACUCGACGUGAUGCAUCAUUUGCGACAUUAGGUGGUAAAUUGGAUCAACCUGAGAAGGAAGAAGAACAAAAAGGUGUUCAGCAAUCCAAUCAGACUAGUCAACAAUCAAGAUCAUGUUGGAAAAGUCAAUCGAAAAACAGAGAAAGAACGUGCCUAUGCGGAGCAAAGCACAACUUUGAGGAUUGCCUAUAUGUCAAUGAAGGAAAAAGAUCAAAGGAUUGGAAAGAAGAUGAGGAUAUUACCAGAAAGUUCAAAGAUGUGGAACGCAGUAAUACAUCGCUAGCGAAGGCACUUAAGGCAGUCAAAGAGAAGCUUAAACCGACAAAUUCAGCCAAUAAAAAGGAAUAUGACGACGGCGAGAAGGACAACGAACCGGAAAGAUCGAACUUUGUAUAUGAUGAGGAUGAAGUUCAGAUAUCAAUAGGUCCACGUUUUAAACGAUCAAGCAUAGCAAUACAAGUUCAAAUAAUGGCGAUAGCCACAGAUUCAGAUAAAGAUCUUAAGGAUGCAGUCAUUUUGGAUAACGGUACAACAACUAACAUCUUCAAUGACUUAAGAUGGCUUCACAAUAUAGGAAAUGAAGAACAAAUUUAUCUUGUUGGAAAUGGCUCAGUGAAGAUGUAUAGACUAGGGGAAAUGAUUAUCUAUCCAAUAAAUCCGAUUAGCAGACAGGCAAAGAAAGGGAUAUUAAUGAAGAAGACAUGGUAUGUUCUAGGAAUGCAUACUAACAUUAUCUCGCAAGGAAUGGCUGAGGAAUACAGACUUUUCUUUAAUGGUUUGACUUGA